CAGGCAGACACGUCGUCAGUAUAGAGACUGACAAAAUGUUAACAGCAUAUCAUUACUUAUCUAAAUGUUAGAGCAGUCACUAUCUAAACCUCUCUAAGCCACAUCACUGAAAACCAAUCCUGCUCUCUACCCACCGUCGCCCCUCUCGCAACGGAGCGCCCCAGAGGAAUGGAGGGCUGGAUCACGUGAUUGCCGGUGAACUUGCCACUCCAGCCUCUGAAAGAAAAGUGUAAUUUGAAGAAAAGAGAACAAAGAAAUCAGAGAGUAUAAAAUCCCUCGGCUAGUCUGUACUUGGUCAGUGUAAAGCUCGACAGACAGGGGCGCGCUCUCUCCCCGCCUUCCCUCGCGCUCGUAUAGUAAAGUGGCCCGCGCGCAGGUGGUGCGUACCGCUCUGAAUCCGAUCAGGAUGAUGCGAUCUGCACAGCUUCUCGCUGCAGUCUUGUACUGCUUCGUGUGCAUUCAUUCUCUACCGGUACCAGACGGAAACAGCCACAAGUACAAACCUGAAGCGGACUGGCCUCAAAAGACCCAUCACCAUGGGCUGAAGAAGAGAGGCCGAUUUCAUCAUGUUCAGGAUACACUGAGUGAAGACUCUGGCAAUAAAAGAGUGCAUCCACACUCAACACUUCCCAAGAAUGAUACAGAGUUCUGGAACAGACCUCGCUGUGGAGUCCCAGACUACCCCUCACAGAAGGAAGGGAGCAUCCUUAAUUACUUAACCCACAAAGGAGGCUUACUUGGGGGCCGUAAUCGCCAAAAACGCUUUGAUUUGUUUGGAGGACGCUGGGACAAAACAGACCUCACAUACAAGAUCUUGCGGAGCCCUUGGCAGAUGAAUUUAGAGAAAGUCAGACAUGUGCUGAAAGAGGCACUGCAGGUCUGGAGCGACGUCACCCCUCUCACCUUUACUGAGGUCACCAGUGGCCGGGCGGAUAUCAUGAUUGACUUUAACAGGUACUGGCAUGGAGACAAUCUUCCUUUUGACGGCCCUGGAGGAAUUCUGGCUCAUGCCUUCUUUCCCCGAACUUACCGGGAGGGAGACAUUCACUUUGACUACGAUGAAUCUUGGACAGUGGGCAACAGUAUGGGUACUGACCUCCUCCAGGUGGCAGCUCAUGAGAUCGGUCAUGUUUUAGGAUUGCAGCACUCCAUGGCAACAGGCGCAGUGAUGUCGCCUUUCUACACUUUCUCCUACCCGCUCAAACUGAGUGAAGAUGACAAGCGAGGCAUACAGUCUUUGUAUGGCUCCAAACACACUGAUGAUAAAGUAAAGACGGAGGAGAGAACUCCCAAAAUCCCAGAAACCAAUGAGAUAGAAACCACAGUGCCUGAUGCUUGCCGAACUGACUUUGAUGCUGUAUCUAUGAUCCGAGGUGAGCUGUUUUUCUUUAAGUCGGGUUAUGUGUGGCGGAUCCGUGAUGGUAAACUCCAGACUGGAUAUCCUGCAUUGGCAUCCAGGCAUUGGAGAGGAAUCCCAGGAGACAUUGAUGCUGCGUUUGAGGACAAAUCUGGAAAUAUCUGGUUCUUCCAAGGCCAGAGUUACUGGGUUUUUGAUGCAGAGCGGCAGAUCACAGGGCCAGACUCUGUACAGCGACUGGGUCUAACAGUGAAUGACAUUCAGGCAGCCCUCAUGUGGGGAGAAGACAAGGCCCAGAAGAUCUACUUCUUCAAAAAAGGAAGCUACUGGCAAUUUAACCUGAAGGAAAACCGCGUAGACUCAGUCCAUCCUCGGAACAUGAGGGACUGGAGGGGCAUACCGGAUGACAUUGACGCUGCUUUCCUGGACCAAUUCGGCUUCGCUCAUUUCUUGAGAGGGAAGCAGUACUGGAAGUUCGACCCAGUGGAAGUGAGGGUGCUGGAGGGAUACCCACGAUAUAUUGGCAUGGAUUUCUUUGAUUGUUCUGCAGCCCUGUAUCGAUGAGUCAUGGGUACAACUAGACGUAAUUUUUUCCAAAUGUAUUGCUGAUCUUUGUCCCACACCUAGUGCAACUAGUAGUCCCACAGGCAGUUUCCACAUGUUUAACUCUGAACCAGUCUAGUUCUAGUAUUUUUGUUUAUAUCAGGUAAAGUGUCAGAUGUACAGUCUCUGUAGGUUUCAAGUAGAUACUGUUUAUCUACUCAGUGACUCAAGAUGCUACAUCUGUGCCACUUAACCAUAUAAUGAAUAACUGUUGCUGGAUCUUCUCAUCCGCAAAACAAUGACUCUCAUUUUCUCAGGAAAAGCAGGAAAUUCUGGCCUUAAAAUAUUUUGUGUAUUUGAUUAUUUAUUAUUUGUAUAUUUUUUUGGCAGUAUUGAUAGUGUUAGGAAAACAUAACAGCCAUUCUUUUUGAGAAACACCAUAUUAGGCUAUGCUGUUGAAUACCACAGAAGAUCAUUUUGUCCUUAAACACACGCAAAAAUUGCAUUAACCAUAAUGCACUUACAGUGGAAGUCUAUGAGGCAAGUAAUUAAAAGCAAAAUUUUUUUUUUUUUUUUUGAAGAUCACAUUAAUACAAUAGUAAUUCUUCCAUAAAAAUGUGCUAUGUGAGUCGUAAAGUUUGUUCUUUUAGAAGUGUGAAUACUGUUCUAGCUGAAAGAACUGGUAUUUGACAGUGUUCCCAAAAAUAUUGAAAGCCUAUAUUUCAAAAUAAAAGUGCUCAAAUCUACUUACAUGAGCAGUUCUAGUUCAGAGGCAAUUUUGGUACAAAUAUAGAUGACAAAAACUUGAGGUAUACAUUUAGAUCAAAUAUUAAAGCAUCUUAGAAACAAACAACAAUUCGUUCUCAGAGCAAGAUUAACUUACCUAUUUUUUACUGAACUUUGUAGCGAUAGCUGAACAUUUUUAAUUUUGUUUGAAGCUUUAAAGGGCCUGAACUAUAAAGUGUAGAACCAUGAUGCUGUACUUUCAGCAUUUAGGGCUGUUCACACUGACUUUGAUUCAUUGUAAAUAAGAAAUCGCAAUUUGACUCGACACAAUUGACCUUUGGCAAUGGUUGUCGGUGUGAACAUCCACUUAGGCUUAACUUAAGUCUGUAAAGGACUUAUAAAGACCUGUUUUUCAAUAGUGAUAAUGUAUAUUUUACAGUGCAGGUCACUGAUGCUGUUCACGUGCUGUCUAAUUAAACUUUUUUCAUAUUGUGGCUACUUUGGAAUAUAAUCCUCAUAGCAUGAUAAUCAUGACUUUUAAUAAGAGGAAACGGUACACUUUUCAUUCACUGUUAUUAUUAUGUUUGUCAUGUAAUCAAUUCUUUCUCUUGUUAUUGUUUUUAAUGAUCAAUUUACCAUGUAAAUAUUUUGUAAAAAGAAUUGUAUUAUAUUUUCAUCUCCAAUAAAAGCCUUUGUUUAUUGUG